AUGGCAGCUCCAGUCAAUUCCGGAUACCUUCAGACCAACGACCCCACUAAGCCUCGCUCCGACGCUGCAGUGCCCUUUCGCGAUAUCAUUCCUGCGCCGACACAUCCUCGAAUUGCGGGAAUAGUAGAUCACGAUGCAUUGAGUUGGUGCGAGUCGCGCAGGCAGAUUGAAGCUCCAGCUUGGCUGAUCAAUCGUCUGGAGAAGAAGAAUCUGGAGAGACCAUAUAAGGGCUUCACUUCAGAUGGAAAGGUCAGAGAGGGGCUAUAUGAAUAUGCUGAGGAUGAGGGAGCCCCAACUGAGGAGGCAAUUGCGAAAACGGAAGCAUUGAUGAAGAUUCUGAGUGAGGAGCAAAAGAAAGCUGUUCAUUGUGGGGAUGUGACAGAUGAUGAGUUCAGAUUAUGGUCAAAUCCUGAACUCUACAUGAACCCAGGUGGACUCCGCCUCGACGAAUGCUCCUCGGAAAUCCAAACCGCAAUCCACGCAAUCCUCAAAGCUUCCUCCUCGAAACAAGGUUACGAAAAGAUUCUUGGUUGUUGCCUCACAAACGACUUCCUAGGCCAUCUCGUGAACGGCAAGAAGAUUCUAAACGAACAUUCCUACAACUUCCGGCUCUUUGGCACACCAUCUCUUAACUCGCCGUGGGGCUAUACAUUCUUUGGACAUCACUUGUGUCUCAAUGUCGUGUUCUUGGGAAAGAGAAUGGUCAUUGGACCAACCUUUAUGGGUGCUGAGCCAGAUCGAAUUGACGAGGGACCACACGCUGGGCUGAGAUUGUUCAGGACUGAGGAAUUGGAGAGCUUGAAGCUGAUGCAAGGACUGCCAAAAGAAUUGCAGGAAAAAGCUACUCUGAGCAAGGGCAUGGACGGAAAUAGUCUGCCAGCUGAUAGAUGGAAUCCUUUUGAUGAAAGGCAUCUAGCUGGUGCGAGACAGGACAAUAGGAUUGUGCCAUUCGAGGGCUGCCCAGUCUCCGAAUUCCCCGCAGAUAAGCAAGAGUCAAUCAUCAACCUCUUCCUCGCCUUCAACGAAUACUAUCCCGAAUCAGUUCUGCAGCACCGAUUAGCACUUUUCAAGAAACAUCUCCCAGAAACAUAUUUUGCCUGGAUUGGAGAAUUUGGUGACGAGGAUCCGUACUACUACCGAAUACAUAGUCCGGUAGGAUUCAUGGAAUUGGAUUUCCAUUGCGGAAUUUUCUUGACCAACACAACUCCAGCGAGAUGCCAUAUCCACACGACGAACCGACUUCCGAACAGGGGCGAUUAUGGAAGAGCAUUGAUAGGAGCUUGA